UUCGGUUUUAGUUUCGAUUUCUAGCCAAGAGCUAGAUCCGUGAUUCCAUUGACAAUGUUGCGAUUGGCCAGCUCCACACUUAGUAGUUCCAUAUGUCUUAUUGUGUUUUUUAAUUUUUUGUGGCUGCUACUGCUGACGACGACGACGACGACGACGUCCGCCAAGCCCACCAACUCCAGUGAUUCUGGCACCAAGAAUGGAAUGCUGCAUGUGACCAGCUUUGUGAACCAGAAGCCCAAGUCGGGAGUACGUGAAGAGUUCGAUUUCGAGCAGAAUGAGGCGGAGGCCACCAACUCGGCGCAUCUGCAACAGCUCUUCGGCAGUUUGUUGCAACUGCCUGGUAAGGGAAACAUGAGUCUGGAGCUGUCCCUGGAGACGGACGACGAUCCGGUCAGCGAGCGAAACCAGCUGGAUGAUGAGAUGAAGGCCACUGGCGAGCAGCAUGAGGGCUUCACCGAAACUGCGGAUGCAUGGCAUCGCAUUAAGCUAAAUAUUCCGGUCCUGGAGCCGGUGAAGCACCUGAUAAACACAGUUGGCGGUGGCGGCGUGAACGACUCCCAUGUGAAGAGCAAUACUCAUCGGCUGAUUGGACACCAUGGCGUCCACGAAACUCACCACAAUGGCGGGAACAUCAGCUCCCCGGCCAUCGAAACGGAGGAGGAUCGGGAGACAGCCAUCGACAGCACCGGAUUCGAUGUUCUGGAAACGUUGGGCAGCGCGGGAACGGUUCUGUUCAGCAUCUUGCAGAAUCUUCGCAAGGUGUUUGCCGCUAGCGCUGGAAGUGCAAGUUCCGCAUCCUCGGGGGGCGGCGGCGGUGGAGCAAACUAGUGGACUUUCUCGGAGAUUAUGUUCUGUGAUUAAUAUAAGUCUUGUGCAAAUUCGGAUUUCCCUUGAUUCUUACUAAUUAAAUAAACGAAAUGUUAUGAAAAUGG